UCCAACAUUGAUUUGCUUUUAUUAAAUUUUGAAGCAUUUCGAUGGAUUCUUGCAAGAGACUUGCUGAUUUGGUUGAUCAAGCUCGAGCGCGUGAACUACCUCCCAGUCUUACGCUGGAAAAAUGUCUUCAACUUCUUAACGAAAUGCAUCAAAUGGGUGUUUAUUAUUCGAGUAAAUGUAUAGACGAGGAAAGGGCUUUUCUUUUCUUUCUUCGAUUUACUAGGUAUUUUUUGUGGAAAAUUUUAUAA